AUGUCAUUGUUGCAUCGGUUAUCGAAAAGAGGCGCGUUCAAUUUCGCCCAUCGUGAUGUCUGGGGACCACGAGAAAAGUCCAUGGGAAACCCAUGGUCACCAGCAAAUCCAAGGGGAACCGUCAUCCUCCGUCUAGCGGAAAACAGUCUUCUCCAUGAAGAUAUCGCUGAGUUCAUCAACGCACAGACAGCAGUCCAUCCACCUCAUCACCUCACCUACAGCACAGGUCCACGUGGAUCACGCCGUCUUCGGCGUGCUGCAGCUGCAUUCCUGACAGACGAGUUCCAGUCUCGGGAAGCAAUCACAGCCGACAACCUCUUCAUCACACCUGGUUGUUCUAGUGCCUUAGAUGCAUUGGCCUGGGCGAUCUGUGAUGAAGGGGAGGGUAUCCUCAUUCCACAGCCAUUCUAUAACGGAUUCAAUUUCGACACUCAAUAUCGAAGCAACGCUCGAGUGGUUGGGGUGACGUAUGGAGAUGUAGAGGAAUAUUCAGGCUUGGAUGAUUUAUUCUGCCCUGAUAUAAACAAGAGGGCUCUUGAGGCUGCCUUACACAGAGCGCAAAAUGAAGGCAUCACCCCCCCUGAGACAAUAAUGGAAUUCGCUUCUUUCUGCGGCAAAAACGGACUGCAUUUCAUUUCGGAUGAAAUAUAUGCAAAAUCUCUCUUUUCCAAUCCCGCCAUUCCCAACGCGACUCCAUUUGUUUCUACUCUCGCUCUUGAUCUUUGUGAUGCUAUUGAUCCGUCUCUUACGCAUAUACUAUAUGGUGCAAGCAAAGACUUCUGCGCCAAUGGGUUGCGUCUAGGUUUUGUUUGUACAAAGAAUGAGGGCAUCAUAGGGGCAAUGUCGAGUAUUAGUAUGUUCUCAUGGUCGCCUCAUAUACUGCAGGAUGUAUGGGCCGUUAUGCUAAAAGACAGGCAAUGGGUGAACGAUUUUAUGCUCAGGAAGAGCAAACUCAUGGCGGAGAAUUAUACCAUCGCAACUUCAUUCCUGCGUGAGCGUAACAUCAGAUACUCUGAGUCGAAUGCUGGUUUGUUCAUCUGGCUAGAUCUGCGCCAUUUGCUUCUACCCCAGUCGUCACUCCAGUCAGAUUACGGCGUGUUGAGAGUUGCCUCUCCCGAUGCUAGCAUUUACAAGCAGCGAGAGAUGCAGAUCGCAGAUAUCUGUGCAGCAAACGGCGUUAUGAUUGCUCCUGGUCAUAUCUAUAUGCCGGAAGAGUGUGGAUGGUUCCGAAUGACGUUUACAGUGGGAAAGGAGGCAUUGGCAGAAGGACUGGAUCGUUUGGCCAGGUCACUAGAGCAGGUCGAAGCCGACAUCCAGAAUGUAUAGGCUUUAUAGCGAUGUCAAACAAAGUCUACUCCUUCCAGACAAAAAUGCCCUUUUCAUACAAUCCAGAGACAAUCCCCAGUCCGCGACCGACGUCUCUCGCAGCCGUGCAACCUGUUCCGUACUCUGUUCCCACGUAGAUAUCUCUGAUGACGCCCCCUGCAUUUCCAUCCCACUCUGCAACCCAACUGGGGGCUCUUGGUCUUUCCGCUUCUGGUUUGCCUUCACCCGUUCCGUCAAGGUCAUAGAAUUGAUUCGUCUUUGCGACAUUCUUCAAAAGCUUCAGAUCGGGAUGCCCUGCCAUG